AUGGACUUGAAUAAUACCAAAGAAAACAUGUUACAAGAUCUUCCAUUAUCUUCAUCCGGUUCCAAGAAGCCCAAAGCCAACAACAACAAUAAUAAUACUUUGAUCGAUACCCUAGGACGAGACCUCACUGUCCAGAGUCUCGCUCACUGCCCUAGGUACACCUACGGGUGUGUAGCAACAUUGAACCGGAGCUUUCGUGAACUUGUGAGAGGCGGGGAUCUCUACAAGGAAAGAAGGCGUCUAGAUGUUGUCGAAAACUGGGUUCAUUUUUCUUGCAACCAGAAAUGCAGUUGGGAGGGUUUCGAUCCCAUUAGCAGGAAAUGGAUCCCUAUGCCGCCUUUAAUUACAAACGAUCCAUGUUUCGAUUUUUCUGAUAAAGAAUCCAUCGCGGUGGGUACGCAGCUCUUGGUUUUGGGGAAUGAUAUGCUUGGGCCCGGUAUUUACCAAUGUAGCAUACAGACAAAUUCAUGGUUGGCAGGGCGGCCAAUGAAUGUACCUAGAUGCUUGUUUGGGUCUGCCAGUGUAAAAACUAAAGCAUUCUUUGCAGGUGGCGUUGAUAGAGCUGGAAGAAUAGUGGACACUGUAGAGAGCUAUGAUAGCGAGACUGGCAAUUGGACGACGCUUCCUAGCCUGCUUAAGCCCCGGAAAAUGAGUUCCGGGGUAUAUAUGGAUGGAAAGUUCUAUGUUAUUGGAGGAGCUGGUGGCGGCGCCCAAGAGUAUAAGAAAGCAUUGACUUGUGGGGAAGAGUAUAAUUUUGAUGCCAAAACUUGGACUGAAAUUCCAAAUAUGUCACCUGGCGGCGGCACGGGUUCAAUGGCCCCACCAUUGCUUGCAGUAGUUGAAAAUGAAUUAUAUGCCGCGGAUUAUGAAGCAAUGGAGCUUAAAUUGUAUAAGAAGAAGAGUAAUGAAUGGGUGACUAUUGGGAGGUUGCCUGACAGGAUAGAUCAUACGGAGGGGUGGGGGAUAGCGUUCCGGGGAUGUGGGGAGCGUCUAAUCAUCCUUGGUGGCCCUAGAAGAGAUGGAGACACUCACCUGGAGAUAUAUUCAUGGCUUCCUAGCAAAGGUCCCCCAGAGUGGACACUGCUAGGCCGGAAAAGGACUGGGGGCUUUGUAUACAAUUGUACUAUAAUGGGAUGCUAA